AUGUCCGCAGAUACGCUUUCGCUCCCCGCACCAUCUGAUGAGCAGGCGUACAUAGACAUAAAAGAAUUUGCGCCUGCUGCAACAGAAAGGUUCUCGCCUGUUGUAAAGCAGACGGUGGCAGAGUCUUUAGAGGCGGGCGGAGUUCGACCUUCCUCCAUUGACGUGGUAGUCUCGAGUCACCUCCAUUGGGAUCACGUCAGAGAUCCUUCCCCAUUUACCACAGCCGAGUUUGUCCUCGGGGAAGGAUCGAAGAAAGCUUUAGAGGACCCUGGUUCCUGCCACAAUCCUGAAGCCUUUUCAUCCGUUCGUGUACCGGAAGACCGUCUACGCUUCAUCACAGCUUCUGACCUAAACGUGGCAGUCGGUCCCUACCCCCGCGCAAUGGAUAUUUUCGGUGAUGGCAGCAUGUAUAUCAUUGACGCAUCAGGUGCAAAUUCGGCUCAUCACCCUGAUUUGAUCACUGGGAAAAUGCGAAUCGUGUAUUGCGUCGAUGCGAAUACGUGCUCAAUGAUGUGUGUCCACGAAGAUAAGGAACCCGCGGAGGAGAAUAUUCGUAGAAUGAGGUCACUGUUAGAGACCCCGAGGGUGCAGGUUCUAAUUGCACAUGAUAUUUACUGGUACCAAGCAGAGAAGUCUUCUUACCGCAGUGCGCACAUAAUACUGCCGCUGGUACAGUGA